CUUUGCCAAGCCCAGCGUUGACAAAUCAGUAACUGGGAAGGAGUCGAAUACACUGAUGCGCACCUGGGUCCUGUGUAGAAAUGAUGUCGGCCUCAAGUGGCACCCUCCUGUUUUCUGCCAUUAUCGUCGUACUUGCUAUGACCUUUGGCUCAAUCCUCACCGUGGUGGCUAGGCUUUGGCUGUCAUGGCGGACGAUGCCCAAGUGGACCUCGCAUAUCUGGCAGUUCGCCAUGCUGAACUCCGUAUCCGCCUCCAUCUGGGCGCAGAGCAUUUGAGUUCUGGCAGCAGUACGGACUCGGGCUCAGCGUCGGAACCGGACCCCGAGCCGGAUGUGGAGGUCACAGGCGAGCCCGCCCGCGGCGGCCCUGCGAGGCCCGCACCGGCCACCGCGGGGGAGGCCGCCCCAGCGGUCGCGCCAGCUGCCCCCGAAGGGGCGGCCGGGGCUUCCCCGGAGGAGGCCGCCCGCGCAGGCACGGAGGAGGCUGCACCCGCCGCCGCGGAGGAGGGCCCCCCCGGCGCGCCGCCAGGCGCAGCGGGCGCCAGCCGGGUCCCGGAGGAGGUGUCGCGCAGGCUGAAGGAGAAGGCGAGGAAGCUGCAUGAGAGGAGCGAGGUUGCCACGGGCAGCACCGUCGCGACGGCCACGUCGUCCAGGAGUGAGCUCUAGUGCGCUCGCGCCCGCACCCCGCGAGAGCGCUGCAGCGUCACGCCUUGCGCAGACUAGGGUAGGAGCUCUGGCGUUCCAAUAGUUUUAGCGUUGGAGUGUUUUUUUCAUGCGUUGCGCAACUAGUUACACACAAGGUUAUCCGCGCCCCCGCCUUGCACUGCUCUCCUCGCCUCGUCACCUUCUUCCCCACCGCGCAUGGCGCCGAUGCGUUUCUGAGUUGAUUUCGCAUCGAGCCUUGCUCUAGACUCUAGCAGGGGGUGCGCGGUCGCAACCGAUCGGCGGAGUUGGGCACUGCUCUCAGGACAAGCUUCAUGCCUUUGAUGGAGCUCGCGUUGCGUAUCGUCUGGUGGUGGUGGUGGUGGUGGGUACGGUCUCGUCUCCGCAUUGAUUCUGAAUGCCGCGGGUUGGCGUCCAGCUGGACACGGUGCUAUGAGAUUUCAUUGGCUUGCGUCAGUCGAACAACACCCGCCAUACGGCAUGCGUCAUUCCAGCGAAAGAAUACCCAACGCCUUGGCGCACCAAAUUCCGAGUGCUCACCUAUAGUUGCCGCAUUUACAUACGGCUCGAAAGAGGGGCACGACGUUUGGAAUGAGCUGUUGGGUGGGUUCCAUUCGGGCAGUCUUUUUACCCAAGCGCACUGACAAGCCUCAAGCCGUCGUUUGUUUGAACGUCGCCAUUGCUCAGCCAUCGCGG